AUGGAAUUACAAGGCGGCGUCCGAUGUAACUGGGUAAUGUUUCCGGACAUGUCCGUGGGCUGUGACAUGUUCAUUCGUUUGAUAGAUUUCGCGUCGGUCAGUUCGGUCGAACGUUCGUAUCAGGUGUCGGAUCAGGUUAGACGUAGAAAAAUCAGAAUGAAAACUGUAAUGCGGAACCAUUAUAGCUUGUCUAAGAAACGGGGAAGGCUUGGUCGAUCCAGUAUCGUACAAACUUUAGAAAGAUCUUUCCGCGUUUAUUGCGAAAACACGGGGUUGCAUGGGUUUCGUUACAUCGUGACAGGCAAGACUAGAUUGGACAGAGCAGUUUGGCUCGCAGUAUGCUUGGCAGCCAUUGGUUUUUGUUUGCUACUGAUGUUACGUUUAUGGGAACAUUUCUCGAAUAACCCCACUGUGACGAUCAUCGACACGUCGAAUCCGAUCAAGGAUUUACAGUUCCCGGGGAUCACGAUCUGUAAUAACAAUAAAGUGUAUAAACCACACGCGGAUAUGGUUGCGAGAAAAUUGUUGACGAAUGGAUUCGACAUCAAUAUGAGCAAUAAGCUAUUCUCUUCCCUGAUGAAACUGAUACGGCCAGAUAAAAUCGAGAUCGAUAACGCAACAGCGUCCUCGGCCCUUGACACCCUUGGUUACUCGGUCGAAAAACUUAUGUUCGAGCUAAUGCAUCCUUGCAAUUUAUUAUUGGCGAGGUGCGCCUGGCUCGGUCAGAUCUAUGACUGCAAUAAAAUAUUUAAAACCGUGAAAGCGAACGAGGGAUUCUGUUGCGGAUUUAAUUACCAUUAUGAUCUUACCAACAAUUACAACAAUGACGACUCGUGGUUGGCGAACAUAACAACGACCGACGAGGAAAAUCUGCAACCGGAUAAUUCAUCAGAAUAUCUGCCAGGUGUCGAUGAAAUUCUGCGUGUACCAGGUACAGGUCGUGACAUUGGUUUAUCAGUAGCCCUGAACAUCGACGGUGAAAACUAUAAAAGCUCGGUUAGACAGUUCGUGGGUGGGACCGUGCUGAUACACGAUCCGAUAGACUAUCCGGAUGUCGGUGCGCAAACCGCCACCGUGAUCCCCGGCCACGUAAUGGUGCUGACACUUUCUGGAACGAAAAUACGAAGCUCGAACGACAUCCGCAAUAUACCGCUGCGCAAAAGGAUGUGUUUGUUCGACGGUGAGAGCCCCGGGGAACGGAAAUACAGCUACCAAACGUGUAUCUCGGAAUGCAUUCAGCAAAAUAUUUACGGGUCCUGUGGUUGCCUACCAUUUUUCUUUCCUGAUGAACAUCCAGACACGCGUACCUGCUACUUAACAGAUGUGGAUUGCAUUCUGGCUCGCAGAAGAAGCCUAUCGCGAGUUCAACUAUCCCAUAUAAAUGAUUGCAAAUGUCUACCGCAAUGCAACGACGAGACGUUCGACGUAGUCGGUGAAUCGAUACGAACCGAUGACAUAGGCUAUGACAGCGAAUUAACGCAUGGCUUGAAUGCAAAGAAUACCUCGUUCCUCUACGUAUAUUUCCGGGACGGCACGUAUCUCGAGUACCGCAAGGAAACCAUCCUCGGCUGGGAUAGCCUUCUUGCCUCUUUCGGGGGAAUCUUUGGACUCUGUCUGGGUGGCUCGGUGCUAAGCUUUGUCGAGUUUCUGUAUUAUAUGACAAAGGAGCUUUUAGCUGUCCGCGGGAAGAAACGUGCAUUACGAAACGACAAUUUACCACCAGCCUCGAAGUUAUUUGUCUCCAGAUCCACGAAUAACGACUUGGUAAAGACUGAGAAAUGCGUGUUCCACGUUUGGACCGAACAAUUUCCGCGGCAAAAUCCGAAAAGCACCUUUGCAUCUUAA